CGUACUCAUCAUAUAUAAUCAGCUGGCAAAUCGCGCUACAGCGCAUGCUCAGAAUUAUGACAUCAACAACAAUGGCGGCGAACAGAGAAGAAAUCCUGGCGAAUUUUCAGGCCUGCACGGGUAUCGAGAACUUUGAGGAGUGCCUUGCCCACCUGGAGCAGAACAACUGGAAUCUUACGGGGGCUAUCAACUCGGUGUUCGGCGCACAGGGAGAGAGCAGCAGUGGCGGCGGCAGCGGUGGUGGUGGGGGCGGAGGCUUAGGCGGCGGGCAGGAUGAGAGCGGUAUCCGGGGACGAUCUGCUUUCCGGGAGAUCCCCAUGGAGAUCCCCGUGGAGGCGCAAGAGCCCUUGGUACGAGAUGUUGAUGCCACGGUACAGCCCACCUUCUCUGACACCCCUGGCCCCUCCUUUUCCUCUUUCAUCUCAUCUCCAGUUCCCCUUUCCUCCUCCUCCUCGUCCUCCGUUCGAAGACCUCGCUUCAUCCACUUUAGCAUCAAGCACAGGGGCAAGGUCAUCACACUCUCGGUCACAGACGAACACCAAGUUGAUCACUUAAAAGACCUACUUUCUAAGCAGCUGAAUAUACCAAAGACUGCCCUGUAUCUCUCGGGUUGGGAUACAAGAGCGCCUGUACCUAGUGAUGAGACAACUCUCUCCACUCUCAAUCUAGCUGCUGAAGUAACUCUGACCCUAAGCACACCUACUAUGGAAGGAGAAGCGCACCAGCCUUGCCCCUCCAAUGGAGAAGAACUGUCGCGGAAUACAGAGCUCGUUAUCACGGACACCGAUGAGGACACGACUUAUAAUCUCAGAUACGAGGGCUGCAAGACCAUAGUGGACGUCAAGCAGGGCAUCUUUGCGCUGACCAACGUCCAGCCUAGACGGCAGGAGUGGACGGGGUGGCCAAAUGACACAGACACGCUAACAUUGGCAGCUUCAGGUAUAGAUUUCCCUCGACACAGACUUUCUUUCAAGAGAAUACCAGUAGAUCAACCUGUAACAAUGUACAUCAACUUUAUAUCUCUUGUUUUUCAGCUAACAUUGGCAGCUUCAGGUAUAGAUUUCCCUCGACACAGACUUUCUUUCAAGAGAAUACCAGUCGAUCAACCUCAGAAUAAUAGGUCGCAGGCAGCAGCCAGCGCCGGUGCCGGGAACGAUAGCAGCGAUAGCGACGAGUACGAUGACGCUCAGGAAGUCAUGGACCUCGAUGAUCACGCAAUGUUUGGUACAGAUAGCUCAGCUUAUAGAUUCGGGCCUCUAAUACCCGAUAACCUAGACAACGUGACAGAAUCAUUAAUACAUUUCUCACAAGAAUUUUCGAGUCGCUAUGGCGACUUACAUCCCGCUUUUUAUUUGGGGCCGUUAGAUAAUGCAAUUGAAGAAGCCUUCAAUGUACCAGCAAAAGAUAGGAGACUUCUGGCUGUAUACGUCCACCACGACAAGAGUGUAUACAGCAAUAUCUUCUGCAGCCAAUUAAUGUGUACAGAGAGUGUAAUAGACUAUCUCAAUCACAACUUUGUCACAUGGGCAUGGGACAUGACCAGUCCGAAGAAUAGAGAAAGGUUAUUAGCAGUAUGCACUAGAAUAUUUGGCAGUGUAACAGCCUCGACGUUAAAGAAUUUACAGCAGGAUAAGUUUCCAUUGUUACUGUUGGCGAUGAGGAUACGAUCCAGCACAGAAGUCUUCUCGGUAUUACAAGGUAACCUAUCACAUGGUGAACUCUUGACUAGUCUAAUGCAAGCUGUGGAAUUCUUCGAAACACAGCAACAUGCAGAUGUGGUCCAAGAGGAGGGGAGGAGAGCAUCAGAGAUGUUGAAGAUGGAACAAGACCAGGCGUACCAAGAAUCGUUAAUAGUAGACAGAGCAAAGCAAGAAGAGAAGGAACGACAAGAGAGAGAAGAAGGAGCAAGGAUCAUGAAAGAACAACAAGAUGAACAGAUGAAGAAAGAAGAAGAAGAGGCAAUAAGGUUAUCCCUGGAGCAGCAGCUAGCCGUUGAGCCCGACGAGGAUUCCGACCUACCGAUCAGCACGUUGAGGAUGAGGCUGCCAACGGGAGAGAUGAUGACGAGAAGGUUCCUGGCUUCCGAGAAGGUGCAGAUGGUGCUAGACUUCCUAGGCUCUAAGGGCUAUCACUCCGACACACACAAGAUUCUUACGACAUGGCCAAAGAGAGACCUCACCAGCUUGGAUGGACAUCAAGACCUCCAGGAGCUGGGCCUGUGCCCACAGGAGACUUUAUUCGUAGAGGAACGCUAAGAGAAAGAAACUCCAUUCUCAUCUCAUGCAACGUUAUUGUUUUGUUUUGUGGAAACGCACACACCUGCGAGAAGCCCCCCUCCAUCUUUGUCACAGCCCAUGCAAAUGAGGAGAAGAGCGAUCGGUGACAUAAAAGUGGGAGGAGUGCCGCACCAUCUUAUCAUAGUAGUAUUCUUCUGAACCAGUGUUUACGUCCAUUUUAAGGAAGAACUAAAACUCGGAUAAGUAUUAAAAGGAGGCAAUAUUCAGGAUAUCUGCAGACCGGACACUGAAAGAAAUGCUCGGGAGUUACGCUAUUGGUCCAUUUCUUUGAGAAAGCUUCAUGCCCGAAAAUAAUUGAAUUACGAUUGGCAUGACACAACUUUUGGGGGAAUUUGCAAAAGUCUCUCGCUGUUGGCAGUUCGCUACAUUUCAAUAUUUUGAAAGUCUUGAUUUUCGUUUUUUAAUAUGUUGAGCCCUCAUUUUCCAAGUUUUACAAUCUCACUGUUCAUUUUAUUACGUUUUAAUGGCAUACAUUUUAACUUUAUUGUAAGAACACAUUUUUCUCAUCCAAGUGCACAAAUAACUGUUUGUUUUCAUGCCCGUAACCAAGCAAACUGCUUUCAGAAACAAACCACCGAUUCUUUGAUUCUGAUAUCCCUUCUUCUAUUGCAAUGUUUUACUUUUUGUCCAGAAAGAAACCAUUCCCAGAAUGUAAGUGCUGCAAUCUUCUCGAAAAUUAAAAGAAUGACAUAUGUUUUGUGAUCUAGUCACUGUUA